AUGUCCAGCCCGUUUACACCACCCGCCACUCAACCAGGCUUGGUGGUCGAUGACCACGACAACGUUGUUGUUCUCCAGGAUUGCCCCUUUCCCUCCCUGCCAGCCGACCAAGUCCUCGUGCGCGUGCAUUCGGUGGGCGUCAACCCCAGCGAUACCAAGAUGCGCGGGCCGUUUGCUCUCCCUCACGCCAUCCUGGGCGCGGAUUUUGCCGGCGAGGUGGUUGCUGUGGGCACAGACGUAACAGACGUGGUCGUGGGCGAUCGCGUCUGUGGGGCGCAGAACGAACUUUUCAAACACAGUCCCGAGAGAGGUGCUUUUGCAGGUUAUAAUGUGACUCGCGGCCGAAUAUGGAUGAAGAUUCCUGACUCCUGUAGCUACGAGGCCGCCGCGAGCCUGCCCGUGGGCAUAUGCACUGCCGGCCUGGCGCUGAAACUGUUGGGCCUACCGCUGCCAGAUCAACCAGUGGACAAGCCGGCGCACAUCCUGGUUUACGGUGGCAGUACGGCCACAGCCACGAUUGCUAUACAGCUGCUCAACCUGUCUGGGAUGACCCCUAUUGCCGUAUGCUCACCCAAGAACUUUGCCUUGGCAAAGAGCAAUGGUGCCAAGGAGGUCUUUGAUCGGAAUGACAAAGAGUGUGCGCAGAAAAUUAAAAACUACACAAAUAACAACCUCAAAUAUGCUCUGGACUGUAUCACGAGCGUUGAGUCCACCCUCCUCUGUUUUGCAGCCAUUGGUCGCGCUGGUGGCAAAUAUGUCUCUCUGGACCCAUGGCAGGAGCAUGCGGCCACCCGCAAGGUUGUCAAAUGCGACUUUACCGUCGGGCCGCGCGUAUUUGGCGAGGGCUGCACGUGGCCAGCGCCAUAUGGCAGUGAGCCGGACGAUGAGUUGAGAGAGUUUGGAGUUAAGCUGUGGAACGUGGCCAGGGACCUGGUCGCUCAGGGAAAGCUUAAAAACCACCCUUUGAGGGUGCUCGACGGCGGAUUCGAGGCUAUCAUGGCGGGAAUGGAUCUGAUCAAGGAUAAGAGGCUAUCCGGAGAAAAGAUUGUGGUCAGAAUGUAG